GUAUCUCGUCAGUCGGCCUGAAGCCACGUGCUGUGUUCGCUCGAGUAGCUCCCGCGUGAACGACACUGGACAUCGGACAGUGUCAUUUAGUAUUGACGGAUCAUCCUAGCCUAACAUUACUUCCGAUGACAGAUAAAAAUCUCCACGUGAAAUUACUAGUGCAAGAAGACAAUUACAUUUCAUGAUCCAUAUUCGUUUUUUAUUUAAUCAUCGACAAGUAGAUCGAUGCGCAGUCUGAUUUUAAAGAAAGUUGCAUUUAUAGUGAAUUAUAAAAAAAAUAGUUUAUGACACAUGCGAUAUGAGAAAGAUGAUUAGAAUGGAUAGUUAGAUAAAUGGAAUAGAACAAUAAGUAAAGAAUUUGGAAAGGUUGAAAAUUGAUAAUUUUCUUGUGUUUCAUAAGAUGCUAUGUAAUGUAAUCCUAAAAUAUCAAAUUUCAUCUUAUCGAAUAAACAUGAUAAGAUAUUGACAGUUGCAAUCUAGAAUACUUGUGUAAGAUGAAGUAUAUCGAUGGUGUCUGGUGGCUCGCGUAAUACUAGUGCACGAUGCCGACUCAAAGAAAGAUCGAAAUAUCUCGCGGCAUCAUCGAUCAAGCUUAUCGGAAAGCGGCACGAUUCGCCGCCAAUCCUGGCGUAUGAGAGAGAGUGCUUCGAGGAAGAACAAAGAUAUCGUUGCGAGCUCUAGGUAGCUCUCAAAGGUGAAGACAGACGUCGGCUGUGGAAGACGUCGGGAGAACUAAAAAUAUCAGCCGGUUCCGCGGUUGGUCGGCGACGUGCCCCGCCACGUCGUGUACUUCACAAUUUUACCGCCUGGAAAAGAUGAGAGUGAUAUCUCUUCGUGUGCGGGGUGAAAACAGGGUUCGCCUUUAAUAAGACUCGCGGACGAUUCGCGGCGAACUAUCAAGCACGCUCGUCGUUACCGCAAAGAGCGGAGAGUUGACAGACAUUCACGAGAGACGCGACCGUGUCGCGAUUUCGCGCGUGAUCCACGAAUACUCCGUUGUCUUCGUCUAUUUCUUCAGCUACUACUAUUCUCCCUCUCUCAUCAUCUACUACUGCUAUAAACACAUACCACGUCGAAGAUCGCAGUAUUGAUGACUGGAAUGCUAAAAUAGAAGCUAUCAGCCUUUUCGCCGCAUCUCGAGGGUCUGGGAUAUCGAAGAGCUUGAUGCGCCGAAAAAUUUCGGGCUAUUUAUUCUUUCAGAUACGUUGAAAUACACCAGGGUUGCUUAAAAAGAAGACCCGGUAUCGGAUUUCGUCACGACGUCCGAACUUAGGACGCAGGGUCAAGGCCGAGAGCUACCUCGAGACGGAUUCGACGGAGGAGGCCGUCGAAGCUCCCCGAGUCUCUCCCGGGGACUCUGUCAUCGACGGUAUUUUACCGGCGCGGUUGUUUGAAAUUCUUCGCGCGGAGUCGUGCCCGUAUUUAUAGAUCUGCGGCGCGUAGGGUCGCGCGUUUACACACGCAGCUCCUUCCUCCCGAAGGUGGAAAAAUAAGUAAGUAGGUACGUGGAACAGCCGGCAAACCGAGUCGCGUCGGGCCCGCGUCCGUAAAGCGCGAUCAUGACGCGAUGCGUCCGCGACAAGAGCACCACCGGCCCGUCUCGACGAGCGCGUCCCCGUCGCCGUCGAACUGUCUGCGCUGGUCGCCCCGCUGGCUGCGAUCCACCGAACCACUACUUCCGGGCAUGAUCGCCGGCGCCGUGAUCCUCCGCGUCCUCGUGGUCCUACUUGUCGUUGCCUACGCGGUUGCCGCCGACGGUCUGAAUGAAAAUAAGACAUUUGUCUUUGGAAUUAAGGGCGAUAUAGAUUAUCUCCAUUCGACCAACCAGCCGUCCACUGUGGAAUAUUUACCAAAGAACAAAGCUACAAAGCUGUCGCAUUUCACAAGUUGGAGCGAAUGGUCAGUGUGCGAUCGUUAUUGUACACAAAAUCGUGUCAGGAGGUGCCGAUUGAAAGAAAAUUGUGGAUCAACUGUACUUAGGGAAGAACGCGGUUGUGAACAUAACAGAGAGGGUCGUCGAAGACGUUGCAAGCACCGUCGGAGACAUCGACGAAGGGAUAAAGGAUUUCAUGUGAUAAGAGAUAAAAGAUUUCAGAUACCUAGAGAACCUAGGCAUGGAAAGCGAAGAGAAAAUAUUAAAGAACACUCUGAGAGACAUUAUGGGAAAUGGAGUAAAUGGUCGCCUUGCACGAGACUAUGCACCACGCAACGUCAUAAAUGGUGCAGAAAGCCUGGCAUUUGUGGUCGCGAUGUGAUACGAGAGAGCGCUUAUUGUUACGUUGACGGUAGCUUUUGCCAAAGAUGGAUCAAUCGAAAGAUUCACGGUAGCCACGAAGAAGAUGGUGAAAACUUGGUGUUGGACGAGUUCGAACUUAAUCCUAACGCAGUGGAUAGUUUCGCUCCGGAUAAGAAUCCAAAUACUUGGAAGUGUGGAAUAGCGAAUUCUCACAAAAGUGCUAGAUUAUCGUACUUCAUGCGAAUUAUCGGCGGCCGUCCAGCUACACCUGGAAGUUGGCCGUGGCAAGUGGCAGUAUUAAAUCGAUUUCGAGAAGCUUUUUGCGGCGGAACAUUAGUAUCUCCACGAUGGGUAUUGACUGCCGCACAUUGUAUUAGAAAACGUCUGUACGUUCGUAUUGGAGAACACGAUUUAACGAAGAAAGAAGGCCCGGAAUUAGAGCUUAGGGUGGACUCUGUGACCAUCCACCCGGAAUACGACGCCGAUACUGUUGAUAACGACGUGGCUCUACUUCGUUUACCUAUUAUCCUAACUCCGUCUCCCUCGAGAGGUAUCGCAUGUUUACCUGCGCCGAAGCAGCCUUUACCUACGAAUCAAUUUUGCACUAUUAUCGGCUGGGGCAAAUCCAGCGUGACGGAUGAUUAUGGAACAGAUGUGCUACAUGAAGUCAAAGUUCCAAUAGUGUCACCCGAAACCUGCCGAAAAGUCUACAUAGAUUAUAGGAUCACGGACAAUAUGUUCUGUGCCGGUUAUCGUCGCGGAAAAAUGGAUUCUUGCGCGGGUGACAGCGGAGGUCCUCUACUCUGCAAAGAUCCUCGAAAGCCCGAUCAUCCGUGGACAAUUUUUGGCAUCACUAGUUUCGGUGAAGGUUGCGGCAAACGUGGCAAAUUCGGUAUAUAUGCGAGACUAUCCAAUUAUGUACGUUGGAUUACAAAAGUGAUAAAACAGACAGAUGAAUGAAUAUACUUAGAAGAUAUGCUUAAAUUAUAAUUGUAAUUAGUAUUUACAUAUAAUUGUAAUUAAUAUUUACAUAUGAACGAAGAUAAAGGCGGAAAAUGAAUGAUGAAACAAUCAAAUUACAAAUUUCAAGUAUCUCGAUAUGGUAAAUAGUGCAAACACAUGUUUGAAAAAAUUAAAUGUAAAGCUAAUUAUAUUGAACUUUUGUUAUUACAUCACAUAUUUCUGCAAGCAUAGUUUGUAUCUUUUUAUAUAAGGAUUUACGGAAUGAAGUGUAAUUUUUGCAGAAAUUAACACAGUUGAUUGUGUCUAUUAUAGUUUUCUUUACUUAUCCGUUACUUACCUUUAAACCAAAUAUCUAUGAAUUACAA